GCGCAACCCAGAGGACGACCGACUCCACAGUGGCACGUUCAGCUCCUUCACCUCGGCGAUAAAGCGGAAGGAGAAGAAGAGGAUUCGUCCCCGUCGUCGCGUUUACUCGACGAUUUAUUUAACGAUAAAACAAUUGUCCACCAUGAAGUUCCUCUGGGCUGUCAGCGCCCUGCUGCUGGGCUGUUGGCGAGCCAACGCAUCCACAGCGGGCUUCGUCAAGUGUCCCCUGUCCCGGACGACGCUGCUCGGCGGCAGCGCGGAGCUGCACUGCGAGGCGGUCGGGAGCCCCGUCCCCGAGGUGCAGUGGUGGUUCGUCGGGGGCGAGGAGCCCGCCGAGGCCUCCGCGCAGCUCUUCGACGGGGCGCGGGGCGGCCGCGUGCGAAUCCACGCCGUGUACGUGGCGCACGCCGCCAGCACCGUCCGCCUCGCCGGCCUCGCCCUCGCCGACUCCGGCACGUACGAGUGCCGCGCCUCCAACGACCCCGACCGCAACGCGCUGAAGAAGUCGCCCAGAAUCAAGUGGAUCCGCUCGCAGGCGAACGUCAUUGUGAUGGAAACCCUGGCGAUCAUCGCUGAGCCCGUCGAGGUCAGGAACCAGACCUCCGCCGUCCUCAGCUGCAACCUGACGGAGCCCUCCCUCCUCAUCCAGGGCUCCCACUGGCUUCACAACGGCAAGAUCAUCGAGGCUUCCAAGUCCACCGAGCCCGCCGCCUCCACCGUCCUCCGUUUGAAAAAGAUCACUUACACUUCUGGAGGAAUGUACGAAUGUGUGUUCCUCACCGAACCCGAGAUGAAGAAGACCAUUGAAGUCAAAACUCUUCCCCACGUCUCCGCCUACAAGCACUCUGAGCACGGCAACGAGAACGACAAAGGGCUGCUGGUCUGCGUGAGCCACGGCUACCCGCUGCCCACCGACUGGACCUGGUUCAAAGAGGAAGACGGCGUCCUCACGCCCAUCAUCAACGGCACCACCGACAAAUACGAGAUCAAGAGCACCCCCAACAAGACCACGCUGACCAUCGACGACCUGAGCAUCGAGGACGACAUCGGCGACUACGUCUGCUCCGGGACCAACGAGCUGGGCACCAACAGCGACAAGAUCCACCUGCGCGUCCGCAGCCGGUUGGCCGCCCUCUGGCCCUUCCUCGGCAUCGUCGCCGAGGUCAUCAUCCUGGUGACCAUCAUCUUCAUCUACGAGAAGAGGAGAAAGCCCGACGAGAUCACCGACGACGACGACUCAGGAGCCGCUCCCCUGAAGAGCAAUUCUACUGAAAAUAUCAAAGACAAGAAUCUGAGGCAAAGGAAUUCCAAUUAAAAAGGUAAAAGAUGGGACAUCCAGAUGUGACUCCAGGAUCCAGAUGUUGUGGCACCGUCUGCUGUGCGCCCUGCAAUUUUAAAAGUACCCUUUUUUUUGUGUGCUCGUGCCCUUUUUUCUUCUUUAUUCUCCAUAUCGUGCAGCCACAGAACAUAGUGUGAAGUCAUUUCCGCUUGAGGCCCCCGGGGGCCAACUAUUGCAUGAGUUUAAAACGCCGUUAUAGGAAAGUGUGUGUCUGUUAUGCAAUCAUAAACGAUCGAUGUGAGGAACGCCUCCCUGUGGUUAUUUUCCGUGGAUGUUUCCCACGCUGACCUCGCGGUCGUCUUCGCUUCCAUGUCCUCCGAUCUUUGUGAAGCGCGUUGCGUCGAUCGUCAUAAACUUCACUGCCACUCACAACAACAUUGCAAAUUCUCCCUUUCCGUAGUUUUAUAAUUUUGCCAAAUCACGAGUGUAAUGCAGAAAUUAUACAGAUUUAACGUCUGCAAAGUUUUGUUGCCGUGAGAAAUUCAAGCUUUCUUUUUUAGUUUGGACAUUUUUUUCUUUUUUCUUCUUCUAAUCACAUUUUAAAUCUAAAAAGUUUUAGUCACCAGAGUUUUUGUUUUGUUUUGUCGCCAAUACCACAUCCAGAAUAAACAUCUAUUGUUAUGGAUCAAGUGCAAGAGCUGUCUGUUACUUCUGUGAAAUGCAACUUGAAGUCUUUACGCGCGGUCUUAACGUCUCAGCAGAUCAACGUUCCAUACGGUGUUUCACUCUCUGUGUCGCUCGUGUUCCAUUUGACCCGAUUAGUGUUGUGUGAUUGGAUGUUACCAUUGCAGAGUUACACAGAUUAAAAGUUUUUUAAAAAGAUCCUAGCCAGACUUGUGUACGUUGUUGUACCGUUGAUCACCGGCCGUUGUACGACUGGCACAAACUGAAUAAAGGUUUCUGAUUUUA